ACUGGGAAAGUCGCCCAGUCCUCUCCUGUAGGUUGGACUACACCUGGGACACGGGGCUGCCGGGAUAACUCACCGACAGCAGCACUGCGGUAAAACACACCAGAAAGCCUCGGCGGUGUGUCUGCUGUCCCGUGUGUCUGUAGGGAGCUGCUUUUAUAUAAAUCCAUAAUUCAGUGAGUUCACAGCCAUCUCUUUGUCUUAGCUAGCGACACGUUAGCUGCUUCCGGAAAACAACCUUCACACAGAAAAUCACAAUGAAGACAUGGAGAUAACAUUUUUGACUCUGGAUCGUCAAUUCACUUUCACAGUUUGAAUGGAUUUUAAUUUUGGACACGCAGACAUAGACUUAUGUACCACCCACAGUUCUUGAGGAGAUAAGAGGACGCUUAUCAUUUCCAGAGAAGUUUGGACUGAUCAUCUUCAGCCAAUGGCUACAACAGAAACCAAAGCUGCCGGCAGCAGUAGCACUCCGGGUCUGUCGUGGGCCCGGGUGUGUAAGGAGUGUGGCCAGGUGCACGAUGGCCCGGACAGCCACCUGUACGAGUACCAGGAUGAUGUGGACGAUGAACUGGUUUGUCACAUCUGCCUGCAGCCCCUUCUCAGACCUAUGGACACCCCUUGUGGCCACACAUAUUGCUUUCAUUGUCUGAGCAACUUCUUGAAAGAGCAGGACUUCUGCCCCGUAGACCGCCUGCGGCUGCAGUUGCAUCAAUGCCGUCCCUCCAGUUUGCUGGUCAGGAACCUGCUGGACAAGCUGAUUGUGAUGUGCCCCCACUCCUCAGAGUGUCAGCACCAGAUGCAGCGCUGUGAGCUGCAGCCUCACCUGCACAACAGAUGUCCCGUUUUUAGAAGACUGAGGGAAGAAGCAGAGAAGAGGAAGAGGCCCUCGUGGAAUGAGCUAAAGGGACGUAAGAGUGACGGGGAGUCGUCUGGUGAUGCUAAACAUUCAGCAACGCUGCCCCGAAAUCCCACCAGAGAUCAGCCUGAACCUGGGCUCAUUAAUCCUGCCUAUGAAGAAAGUGAGGAAGACAACACCCCCCUGCGGUCCAGUCUGGUGGCUGAGGCCAACAUGGUGGAGCUGUUCAGAGAGGAGCCAGAGGAGGAGCUGGGCCUUCGCAUCGUGGGGGGGAAAGACACACCACUGGGGAACAUAGUCAUCCAGGAGAUUGUCCGGGACUCGCUAGCAGCUCGUGAUGGCAGACUGGCCCCGGGGGACCACAUCUUAGAGGUGAAUGACAUCAGUCUGGCUUCAGUCCCCCACUCUCGGGCCAUCGCAGUGCUGCGGCAGCCUUCCCUCCUCCGGCUCACUGUCAUGCAGGAGAAAGGCUUCAAAACAAGGGAUCCACGUUCCGAUCAUCACCCUUCCUCCAGUACCACAUCCACUGCCUCCCAGUCCUCUCACAGUCCCCAUGGCAACGCUACCUCCAAUCACAACCCGGGCACAGUCCUGCAGGUGACACUCAUGAAGAGUCAGCGCAGCGAACCGCUCGGCAUCAAACUCAUCCGCAAAUCGGACGAGAGCGGAGUUUUCAUCCUGGACCUGCUGUCUGGUGGUUUGGCAGCCAAAGACGGAAAACUGAGGAACAAUGACAAAGUGCUGGCCAUCAAUGGACACGAUCUGAGGCACGGUACACCUGAGAGUGCUGCCCAGAUCAUACAGGCGAGUGAGGUGCGUGUGAAUUUUGUGGUGAUGAGACCUGCAGAGACUCAGGAGGAAGGAGGAAGCAGCAGAGAGGGACAACACAGCAGAGCAGCCAGGAGGGCGCCUGAGCCGCAGUACUUCAGGCGCCGGUCCACCUACAUGAAGGAUCCUCCAGGUGGGUUUUCCAGCCAGGAGAAGACUGUAAGCCUGAAGAAGGAGCCUCGGCUUUCCCUGGGCAUCACCAUCGCUGGGGGGAGGGACUGUCGCAGUCGUCUGCCCGUUUAUAUCACGAGUGUGCAGCCUGUUGGCUGUCUCCACCGAGAUGGCACCAUCAAAAGAGGUGACGUUCUGCUCAGCAUCAAUGGUGUCGAUCUGACCCAGCUGACCUACAGCGAGGCAGUCUCUGUGCUGAAGGCUCAGACAGCUCAGUCCCAGGUGUCACUCCGCGUCAUCCAGACCCUCUCCGAGGAGUCAGAGGACGACGCAGAGGCUGGCAGCAAGGACGAACUGGACACUCUGGACGACCCACGAGACGACACCCUCAACUGGACGCCGCUGUGGACUCGCUGGCUGGGAUUACCAAGCCCCAUGCACUGGUGUCGGGACAUUGUCCUGCAGAAGACCAACAACGAGAGCUGGGGCUUCAGUAUCGUCGGCGGCUACGAGGAGAGCCACGGCCAGCAGCCUUUCUUCAUCAAAACCAUUGUGCCUGGUACCCCUGCUCACUUUGACGGACGCCUCAAGUGCGGCGAUGAGAUCGUCGCGGUGAAUGGAGCCACAACAGUGGGAAUGAACAACUCCUCUCUCAUCCCCAUGCUGAAGUUGCAGAAGAAUAAAGUCACGCUGACUGUGGUGUCCUGGCCUGGGAGUCUAGUGUAGCAAAAACACACCUGCACAUUCACCCUCCUCUUUUAAUUAGCCUCUUUAAUUAUAGCGCACACACAGAUCCUCGCCCUGCUCAGCUGCAUUCCUGACUGGGCCACUCACUGUCCCUUCCAUAUGUAACUCACUGCUUGGUUACAUUGUUCAGUCUGUUGAUCAGUAGUGUAACAUAGAACACAUGUGCUCAAGAACCAUUUGGUGUACAGUGGGAAAGACUCCCCUGAGCGUGGACUCAGCAGUGACCUCCUUGUUUCAGUGUCCUCUCACACUCUCACACAGAUGAUUGAACAAAAUGGGUGUAAUCAGGGUGCAAAGAUGAUGACAAUCAGUGGAUUAUAUCCUUAAGGACAAACUGAAAGGAUAGUUUGUUUUUGGAACAUCUUUUUGAUCCUUUUCUGAAUACUUUAUAUUUUACUUUCCUGUUAUCAUUUGUUAGUCUUGUCUUCACCCAAAGAUGAAAUGUAGUGCUUACCAUAUAAGUAGACAGUUGUGAUGAAGAAUUAUAGAUGACUACAUAUAACACGAUGGCUGCUAACCGUACAGACUCAUGCCAAAGACAGAUAAAUCCUCCUGUCCUGAAGCUGUGGGAACACAAGUGUAGUUUUAUUAACUCUAUUUUGUUUCACUUUUAAAACGUGCAACAGAAUGAUGAAGCCGGUUCAACAUUGACUCUAUUUUCCCAUGAUUUUAUGUCUAAGUGAGUAAUGGAGACGACAACAAAUUUUUUUAACUGGUCCCGUAUUGAGCAAGAGCGCUGCAGGCAAGGAAACAGGCUGCAGUGUAACUAAUGGGCACAUCACUGUCAAUGUACAUCCAUUAAAUGUGCUUGUUUUUACCUUCGACAGGCUCAGAUUAAUAAGUCCCGUUUCCACCAAACACUUUCAGUAUGGUACCUUUGGAACCACCAGUAACC